AUGGGUAAACAUCGGUAUGAUAAUAGACGACGUCCAGUAGUUAUUUUGGACGCUGGCUAUGUAUCAAUAAACACAAAUGAUAUAUAUACAUCAAAAAUACUUGGUUUACAUGGAACAAAAUUAAUUUGUGUUAUCUUAACAGUAUUUUUUUUGUUUUCAAUUAGUUUUAUUAACUUAACAUGUCUUGUUUGGAUUAUGUAUAAACUUGAUUGGUCACCAUUUCAUAAAAAUGGAUCAAAAAUAUUUCAAUUUGAUCAAAUCAAUCAACAAGUUAAAUUAUAUUAUCGAGGAAUAAUUGAAGAUACAAUUUAUACAACUAAAAUAGAAGAUUCAUUAGAAAUUGAUUUCUUAUCUGAAAAUCAGAUUGAUAUGUAUGGUGAUCAUGAUUCGAUAUUAUUUGAUGAUAAUCAAAUAUCAAUGAAUACUGAAUAUUUUCAUAUAAAUAAUGAAGCUUUAGUAGAUUUUAAUAAUCUUGAAUCAUUUAAAUUUGAUGAUAAAACAAGAACAAGAAUACAUCUUGAUCGUAUCAAUUCAAAACGAAUUUAUAGUAAACAUCUUAAUAUUACUGCAAAUAAUUAUUUAACAGUCAGUAAUGUGAAUACAGUUGUUUUCUCUGGUCAAAAUUUAAAUAUAGAAGGAAAUAGAAGUAAUCAUCGAUCGAUAUUACGUUUUGGUAAUUAUCCACGAAGAAAAAAAUUAUUUAAUCGUCAGCAGAAAACAUUGUAUGAAAAUAUAGAUUUUAAAAUUGAUUCUAUAUUUCUUGAUUUACCACGAUUACCCUUAAUAGAAAAUCCAUAUCGCAGUGAAUCAAGUAUUUAUCGUAUAUGUAUUUGUAAUACAACAUUUUUACUUUUACAAAGUUUCGCUCAUCAACCAUGUCCUCUUUGUUAA